UGUGCCAAUAGGAGUGAGGCAAUCUCACCUUAUCCACACUCCCACCACAACCUAUUAUCACAUUCAUUAUCAAAUCACUCCUUUUUCAAUAUCCAUAACCCCAAAAACAGCCAUUAACCACACUCUCCUCACCUUUUCCCUAGCUUAUUGGAAAUAAAAGUUAUUUUCCUGGUGUAAUCAGAGUUGCAGCAAUGGCAGCCAUGAACUCCAGUGUUUUGGCAUGCAACUAUGCCAUCUCAGGCGCUGGAUCGCCCGAGAUCAACGCCAAGCUUGCUUCCCUGCCUUCCGUGGCAUCCUCAGUUGUGACUGGUCGCAAGUUUCCUGUGAUCAGGGCUCAACAGGCUAGAGUUUCUGAACCAAAAGAAUCAAGAGGGAGCGAAGGAAGAAGGGCUGCAUUGCUUUGCCUAACAGCUGCUCUUUUCACGACUGCUGCUGCUGCUGCCUCCAAUUCCUCUGCCAAUGCUGGGGUCAUCGAAGACUACCUUGAAAAGAGCAAAGCCAACAAGGAACUGAAUGACAAGAAGAGGUUGGCCACAAGUGGUGCAAACUUUGCACGAGCUUAUACAGUUCAGUUUGGCACAUGCAAGUUCCCUGAGAAUUUCACCGGUUGCCAAGAUCUUGCCAAGCAAAAGAAAGUGCCAUUUAUUUCUGACGAUUUGGCGUUGGAAUGUGAAGGGAAGGACAAAUUCAAGUGUGGUUCCAAUGUUUUCUGGAAAUGGUGAGGAGGGAAGGGAAGUCUUUUUACCUUCCGUACCAUGUACUACUUUUCUCCCACAUGUACCUAAAUUUCUGUUGAAGAAACUCUACAUACUUGUGUCUUGCAAUCUUCUUCCUCAAGUUCAGCUUUCUUUCUUUUAUCUAUAAAUCGCCAUUUGUUAAUUUAA